CGCCAAAGUUGCUCAGGCCAUGCUUCGCCGGUCGUCGGCCGUUCACAACUAACCAUCAUGAAAGCUUCGUGGUAGUCUUCCUAGACGCUCGCAUUUAUUAGCAGCCUUACCCAACAGAGUGGCCAUGUUGACAGCAGAGCUGGUGCAGCAGCUGAAGCUGUCCACUACACACCAGCAGAAGAAGCUUUUUGGGGCCCUCCUAGAGGCUGAAGCCGUCACCAACAUGGAGGAGUUCAGGAAUGUCCCAGUGGCCAGCAGUGAAGUGCUUCUCUCUGGCCUUGUGGAGUUGCUGCGCUCUUCAAAGGAUGCCACUAUGCUGACCAGAGGAGCUGAUGUACUGGCAACUGUUGCACAGAACAAGAAUUUCAGCUCAAAUGUCAAGUGUUUGCAGCUGUGGCUGCGUGCAGCCAAGUGCCUGGUUGCCAAGGAGGAAGUCAGUGUGGAUGCACUUCGUGCCAUCAUCCAGUGCCUCAAUGUGCUGACGCCCGGCAGUGCCACCAUGUCCGACUGGUGCCAAGUGGGGCUGCAAUGCGUGCUGCACCCUGAAGUGCGCGCCGAGGCAUACGCUGCCCUCUGUGGUCAGCGCAAGGCUGCCCUGACGCCACCCCGCCGGGGCGUGGAUGCUCCUGCACAUGUGGCCAUUAGAGAUUGCAUUGGACCUCAGCUGGGCCAAUGGAUGGACGACUCCCAGGGCUGUGCUGCACUUCAGGUCUGGACUCUUAUCAUCCAAUGGAUGGGCGAGUAUCUGCCUCGGAAUGCUGCCUCGGUGAACGUGCUGCUGCGGGUGGCCAGCAAAGCCUUUGCCGCCUCUUCGCGGCCAGAACUGCAGCGCCAGGCCUUGGAGUCGUGGAAAGCACUCAUCUCCACCUUCAAGCCCGAGACACUGCGGAUGAACAAGAUGUUGAACUUGGUAAUGACCCCGCUGCGUCAGCGUCCUUCUGCCGACCCUCUUGCCAGACUGGCCCUGGUGCGCACCCUGUGGCAUCUGGCAAUCACGCUGGGGCCUCAGCACCUGUCCCCCUGCUUUCAGCAGGUGGGUGUGACACUGCUCAAGACCCUGGUUCAUUUUCUGACUGAGGCCAACACUGUCGCUGAGACCAAGCAUGAUCAUGACAACCUUCGGCGGGAAUGCCUGUACGUGUUGUUGCGGCUGCUCGAGCUUCCUGUAGAGGCUGACUGGACAACCACCAUGAACUGCGUACCUCUACCCUCCCUGGAAAGUCCUCUGGACACUGGCUUCCUGGGACGCCACCUGGAAAUUUGUGAACCAACUUGUCGGGCAGCCAUAGGCUUCGUUCAACAGUGCCCAGACUACGCACCUGACCUCGGCUGCCUGCUGAUGCACUUGCUGCUGAAGCGUGCCACAGAGGCCCACACAGCCGACACGGUGCCCACCGCAGCAGCCCUCCUGAAGCUCGUUCUGGACGGCCUCUCAGAGUGGCUCCUGGUGGCACCACUUGCCUGCAAGACUAUACUGCUGGAGGCCAGCCAGCUGCCGGAGAAGAUGCUCACAUCACACUGCUACUACUCGGGAAAACUUGGCCUGCUGCAUGGCACGCCUGUCCUCUCCCUGCUGAGACUUCUGCUGCAGCCGUCACUUUUGGCUGUUUAUGGAAGCACUGAUGAGGUGACGCAGCUGUUUCAGCGUCUGCUGACCUUGGGUCUGCAGAACCCAUCGCGGCUUCACCUGGCACAAUCUGUGCUGAGCUGUCUGGAACGCUGUCCACCGGCCGCACCUCUUGCCUGUGCCCUCUGGAUGGCACUGGCCUCGUCUCUGCUCAACUUCUUGCAGUCGGGCCAGGAGGUGAACCAGGGCAGCGACCUGGAGCCCGACUUCUCGGCUUUGGUGGCUGCCCUCACUUUUCCCGUCCAUCAUGCCCUGCCCGAUGUGGGGGCCAAGGUGCGCAAGGCAGUGACCCGCAAAUGGCUGCAACUGUACCAGGCGUUUUCGUGCUCAGCGGUGCUGGUGCCCAAUGUGUCUCCGCAGGGAGUGUGCCACGAGGUCUGGCGCCGCCUUUGCCCUGGCCUUAAUGAUCAGCUCAAGCAGGACAUCGGUUACGUGGAUGCAGUGUCUGAGCUGCUGGCGUCUGCGGGUAGCUGCCUGCCUUCAUCCCAGUCUGCUACGAAUGGUUCGUCGCCAAGUGCCUCUGUGCUGUCUGGCAGCAGCGGCAGUUCCCCUCGUCGGUGGGGGCUGCGUCCCCAGCGAGGCAGUGCCCUGGGUGACCUGCAGCCCUACUGCCAGGCCCUGGUGUGGGCACUGGAUGCGGUUGCCAGCCACCAGUUGCUCCCAAAUGAGUCCCGUCAGUCAGUGGCCAGCAUUGUGGGGAAGCUGGUGCGGCCAGUGCAGGACCUGCUGUCUUCACUCCGUGGCAUGCCAGCCCUGGUCGAAGCAGUGACACUGCUAGGGCCAGCGCUGUCCUCACUACUAGCCCGAGGCAGUGGUCACACCUCCAAGGUAGAGCCUGUGUGGAUGGCCCUGUGCGGGGCUCUGUCCUCCCAGUGCACAGCGGGUCCGAGGGAUGACUCCCUGCUGUGUGCGCUGACUCCUCUGCUCGAGGCGGCCCUGGGGCAUUCUCGUGGUCAGGUGCAUGACCGUGCCGUCCACCUGUGGCAGUCGUUGUUUGCUCGCUGCCCUGGCCUCCACGUGCCGCCCAGGCUCAGGGAAUUGCUACGCAAGGUGAAACCCUCCCUGGUGCCCGAUGUGGAGCCUGAAGCAUUAGCGAUCUGCGAGCCAGCGUCCUUCUCCCAGGAUUCCCUGGUGCCAGACGCUUGUCUUCCGACAACACCGCAAAAGAAAGAAGCGCUUUCAUUCAGCCCUCUGGUUUCAUCCAAGAACCGCUGGACACCUCCAUCUGGCAGCGCUGGCUCAACGACACGCCCCACAGUUGUGCGGAUUCGGACACCCCAGAGGGCCACGCAGUCCCCACGCAAAAGGCGCUCCCUCUAUGACUUCCGAGCUGAUGAAUUUGUCGAGGUGGUCUCUCCUGUCAAAAAGAAGCAAGUGCUGACUGAGCACCAGAAGGAAGUCCGCAAGGAACGGAGGUCCUUGCCCGCCUUGUACAGCAACCUGUCCCAGAGUGGCCUAGACAGCCAGGAUUCGGAGACUCCGCAGGAGUCCGAGGACAUGGACGAUGCGCCUUCCACCUGCACAAAGAACCAGGCUGCGCGGUCCGUGCCUGUGAUCGUGCUGGAUUCCGAUAGUGACGAAAAUGGGCUGCAGUCAGAGGGACCACCGAGCCGUGAAGUGUGCCACACUCCACCAUUGCAGGAGAUCCAUCCGCCAAACACAGCCAGUGGCGACGUAGUGCCUGAGACCCAACAGGACUCCGCACCCUGGCCAACCUCUGUGGAAACUCCCAAGGGCCAGAAGCCAUGCAAGGUGGGCUCUCCUUCCCAGCCGAUGGCAGCAGGCAGCCCCCGAGUGCAUCGUCCUAAGGCCAGACUCUCCUUCACUCGACCAUCUGCGCCAGGCCAGGAAACGUGUGAGACAUUGGCAGACACUGACAUGGUACCCAGUUCACAGUCCACCAUCGACUCUACUGACGAAGUCGAAACGGUCAACUCUGGUCAAGAUAAGCCAGUCGUGGAUCACACGCUACAAGAUCCGCACCCAGACAGCCCCGUCACAGUCUGGCUGCAAGACAAGGAGAGGGGCCGGCUAGUUGCCAGUCAGGAGACGCCGGUGUCUCCUGCCAAGAGCAAGCGCCGAAAGUGCAGGUCAUUACCGGCAAGUGCUCAAGAGGACACCGGUGACAACCUCAAAAAGAACAAGAAGCAUUCCCGUGGGUCGCUGCUUGCUAGCGCUCCUAUCAGGUGGCAGGACGAGAUUUUGGAAGACGGCAUCGCUCCGCUUGUGGACGAUGAUGCAGAGGAACCUACAGACAGCCUGCCUGCAGAGCAGAAGUUACAAGAGUCUGGGGAAGACGACAACACAGUUAACGGGCACGUUGAAGAACUAUGUUCAACACAAGAGUCAGCUGACACUGAAACGUACAGCUGCGAGGAACAACUGGUGGAUGAAAGAGAGCCCGUGACAAAGGACGUCAAAAUCCCUCCGCACUGCGAGCCUUCAGUGGCAUCCCCGGCACUUGUAAACAGUGAGGCAAGCGAGGAGUGCAUCCUGCGAAUGAGCGAAGGUUCCUCUGCAUGUUACAGUGAAAGCACCGAGUGCAGCAUCCAGGCAGCCACAUCUCAGGCCUCACCGGAGUUUGGUGCACCUAUUCCAAGCUCUGAAGACACUGAUGGAGUGGAGUUGGCAGUGGACACCGAAGAGCAAAUAGUAGCCCAAGGUUGCACUGAGGUAGAACUCGAGACGAGCGCUCCUGCUGAUGACACGUCCUUCGUUGUCUGUACGGUGCCCGAGACUGAAGAUGAAGGUGGCGUCACCAUGGAGAGCUCUAUGCCACAGACGAGUACUUCAUCCAAGCCGGAGGACACGCUAGCGCAAGGAAAGGCUGUCAGAGGAGCGCGCAAGCGCAAGCUUCCUUCACAGACGACAUCCCCAAUCGCCAGCCGCCUUCGGGCCAAGCAAGUGAGGCAAGAACAGGCACAGCAGGGCUCUCCUCCACCACCCAAUGGCAACGGAGGCAAGCCACCACCCCGAUGGUCGGGGUCUCCGGCAGCCCUGUCGCGCAGCCGCAUCAUGCUGGAUGCUGCCAUGCGUAACGUGGGUUCGUCCCCGAGCCGCCACGCAGCCAAUGCGCCGGUUGCACCGCAACCCGCCGACGGUGUCAGUGCUGGUCCUCUGCCCAGUAUCCUCAAGCGGCGCCCACCGACUGAAGAAGGCUCCCCGCAGGGAUCACCACAACGGGCCAAGCAGGUGCCAUCUGGCAGGCAUGUCUCGUUUGCCGAUCCUCCCGUGCAAGGCGAAUACGAGAUAGGGCCCCGCAAAGCACGCUUCUCCCGAGCCCUGUACGAGGAGCCAGAGAUGGACGAAGGUGAACUGGCCGACAGUCAGCAGCCACUGUGGCCUUCUCUCGAGGGCUGCACGGAGCCUGUGGAUGCUGUCCUGCCUUUGCUCACGAGCUCCCUCUGGCAGCGCAGCCUUGGGCGCAAGCUGCGGCUACAGGGCGUGACGACAGUGGGGGCACUGGCAUCGAUGACUUGUGCAAAGGCGCUCCAACUGCCGGUGCGAGCUCCACGUGUGGCUUCCCUGCGCAAGGCACUCGAGCAGUAUGCGGCCGCACUUCAGGAUGGCUCCCCCCUCAACGAGGCCUCCCCAUUGCAGGAUGCUUCUUCUGUGACGCAGAGUGCCUCUCUCGAGUUACCGGUCCACUCGGAAUGAAGUACCGUCAACGAGUAGCAACUCCACUGGUAGCUUGGAAACAGCAGAAAAUGACGCUGCAUCCACCGAUGAUGUCAACUGGAAGCCAGCAGAAAAUGACGCUGCAUCCACCGAUGAUGUCAACUGGAAGCCAGCAGAGAAUGACACUGCAUCCGCCAAUGAUGUUAACUCGAAGCCAGCAGCGAGUGACAGCACCUACACAGAUGACGUGAACUUCGAGCAAGCCUCGGAUAACGAGACCAUAGACAUGCCCUGCACGCAGGCACCCACUGCUAGAACCUCACAGGAAGACGACCUGGCCACCUUGAUGGAAGAUGAAACUGAGAUUGCUUGUUCGCCGUCAUCUGAGCCAAAGGAAUCGAUGGCUGCACCCACAAGUCUGCACAAUUCCACAUCGCAGUCAGAUGAGGAUGCACAAACCAUUGUCAGCUGUGGGGUGCAAUGCUGCCCACUGAGAACAGAGGGUGCGGUGCAGACAGGCCCGGUGGUGCUAUCCAAGCUUGAGGUCUGCCAGCUCCUCACCCCCGAUUUCUUUGCAUCUCUCGAGCGAGCCGAGCUGGGCCGAAUCCUCAGCACUAUCGCCACGGUUGUCGCCCAGAACCCUCUACCGCAAGAGUGAGAGAGCACCUUGGCUGUGGUUCAUCCAUCAAAUACUCACAAUACACACAGUCAACAAUGCUGGCAUGAGCAAUUCAGUGGCAAGUUCUUUUUUUUCAUUUCCACUGCCGACUGUACUGCUCCAAGACACUGGACUCUGAUGAUUAGUGGGUGCAACAUUCACUGCCUCGUUACUUGUCACCUGCCAUCCAUUUUAAUUUUAGUAUCAUUACCUGUUAUUGACAUUUGUAAGCUGAGCUCUUCAUUUUUUUUUUUUCUCUCGCAUUAAUUUUUAUUUUUCUAUGAGCAUUGGCUGCCAAUGUAAGAUCAACAUCUUUUACAAUUUCAGCUAAAUAGAAGAGCUCAUUACUUCAUGCAAAGCAGCUCUACAGCUCGCUGCUUGUUUUAUGUGCACCAUAUGCUUCCACAUAUAGAUCAGUCCCGUACGAAAAAGAAGGAAGGGUUGCUUGGAAACAAAUUCCACAGGGAUCCUUCUUGUAGCUGUUCUUUUACAGUUGCCCUUACAUCAUUCAUCAAAUACCAAGGCAGCCAGCUUGCUUCUCAAUGCUUUUAAUUGUGCUGCAAGUUGAAUUUAUUAUUAAAUCAGCUGUAGUUCGACGCGAUUAAGCAGUGUGGAUCUGCUUGAUGUAAUGGGAAGUGUUAUCAUAUAGAUGGAGUGGGCACCUGUUUAUUUCCACUCUUGAACAUUUUAGCUGUUUCUAUGAAUGUGAGCCAGAGGGAGCUAUUUGAACGAUGUGGCACCCAUUAUUUCUGGACAUUCUGUUACACUGCCAGGUAAUGCAAGCACUCGGUUGAUUUUUUGCUAAGUGGUCCACAUUACUGAUGCCAUGUUUCAGAGAGUGAUGACUUUUUAAAAUGUCACUUCUAAAUGCAUCAAGGCCUGUCUCCAGGAAACUUGUCUUACAUAACACUUCGUUAUUGGCUGGCAUUCUGGCACCUACCAUUCAGGAUAGCAAUUUCUGUAGUGGGACGAUCACUGCAGUGAUGGCCAAAUCGCAAUUUGCACUUAAGUUAUGUAAAUACAGGCCUUGUUGGUUUAAAGGUGAAUGAGAUGAACGCAGUCUGCAGGACAUGGUGCAGAAAUGUUAAAUCUGCAUUUGUUCAUUGACCACCAUGGGGGCACAGCGUCUGCCUGAGUCCCUUGGGGGCACAGGUGUCUUGGGGGCACAGGUGUGCUUGACACCAAUCUGGAAAGUGUACAGUCGCAAGUCAUUACUUAACAUUGUUAAUAUUGUGCAAAAAUCUACAGUGCCGUUUGUCCGAAAAGAUAUAUUGCUAAGAGCAUGGAUUUUUGUGUCUGAUCGAAUAGAGCAUCUCAUUAAUGUCUUGCUCUUACAUUAAGUUUGCCUGUUCAAGGUUUGUAGCCUUUGCUGCGAAAAAUGGUCCAACUGCAGAUAUAUAUAUAUAUUUGUUGCUAGGCUAGUAAAGAACUCCUUUUUUUUUUUUUUUUUGUCUUUUUAAAUUUCUGUGCACACUUUAUCCUGCUUAGCCGUUUACGUUUUCUGACAUGCUUGCACCAAAGAAGGAAGUUGUUUUCCACACUGCUUUUGGACUGUGAUUCCUCUGGUUUCGUUUGUUUGUCAUGAGAAAGAAUGUGCUUGUUCUUCUAGCCCGUGAAAGCAUAGCAGAUUGAAAUUCUUUUAUAACUCAGCUGAUUUUCUUAAAUUAAGUCAUGUUGUGUAUUAGAUGUUGAUGCAUUCAAUCAUUAUUUCAUGAUCAUCUCACGGCACAAUUACGGUGAGGGCAUUUAUAGUGGGAAAUGGCUUUUUGGUUGAACUUGUAUUUUUUUUUUAUUUUUUUUUUUUAUGUGGCUGUCCAUAUUUGAAGCAAACCAUUACUCCAGUGUCGAAUUUUACUAUGCACAAACUCUUGCCAGAUUUUUUUAAAUGAGUCAUUUUGAUGACUUAUGAGACUUUUUUUUUCUGCCUUUGGAAUGUGCAAAACUGGUGGCUCAUUACAGUAAAGUGCAGGUAAACAGUGAAGUGUACUUUUUUUUUUUAGAAAUGUGAGCUUUAUCAUUAUUAUUUUCUUCAAUAAAGACUAUGUAGCUCUUUUUCUGCCAGCUUUGUAACUGUGAUUUCUAUAAAGUCUCUUUGUAAAGUAAUUUCAGUGUCUGAAUGGUCAGGCUGUUCCUUCAUACACAAGUGCACUAUCUGUUUCACUGCUGGUUGCACAGUUUAUUUUAUUUAUUGCAUUUAUUGCAUUGUAGGCUACGAUUUUGUGCUCAGAAUGGACAUUUUGUACUUUUUGUAUAUGCACCUGCUUAUGCAUUAUCUUGUCUGAAGUGCACUAUUUGGAUGAGGUUCAAGACAGUCAUGGUAACACCCUCGAAUAGUCUUGGAAAUUUUAAAGGGUGGUGUUAGUGAUUGACUUCAGAAAGGAUUUGUGUGCAUCAGUGUGAGCUCUCUUUGCGCUUGCUUCCGUAUAACAGCGUUGUUGCUGGUUAGCUCUCGCAGUGUUUCAGUCAGUUUAAUUACCGAGUUUGACGACUUGUACAUAUGUUCCUUUGUCAUUUGUGUCCCUAAAAUUGAAGUUCUAUUUUGUGAUCAACCUCACUUUGUACAUUUUAGUCUUGGACCUGAAACAUUGAAAUAAAUCAUUUUACACCUUUUA